CAGAAUUCAGGACUCACACACCACCACUAUACAUAUCACACCAACCAUGUCGAAAAUAGAGAAGACAAUCCAGCGCCAGCAGCAGAAGAUCGAAGAAGGCCAGUUCUAUGAAGCCCACCAGCAACUGCGCGUCAUCGCAUCGCGUUAUGUCAGGCAACAGAACAAUGCCGCUGCGACCGAUAUCCUCUUCUCGGGCGCCCAGCUACUUCUGAAAGCCGGCCAGGGAGGCAGUGGAGGAGACCUGUGCAUGUUCCUGCUGGAUGUUUUCAAUAAGGGCGAGGUCACGCCAGAUGCUGGAACGAAAGGGAAACUGCUCACCCUGUUGCGGAGUUUUCCACCAGAAGAGCCUACGCGGAAGCGGUUCAUAUCUGAGAUGAUCGGUUGGUCGUCGAAGUAUGGCGAGUUCCCAGCAGGAGAUCCAGAGCUGCAUCAUGUAGCCGGCACGUUAUACGCUGAUGACUGCGAGCCCUACGACGCGGAACGACACCUCAUACUCGGCACCAAAGACUCCCCAGAUCAUCUCGCGAGGCUGGAGUUUGACUGGUACUCGGAAGACGAAUCCCAUACUGCACCACUAUACGCCGCCCGCGCUGUCCUACCCUAUCUCCUCACUGGCAACGUCCGCGCCGCGAACAAGUCUUUCCUCAUCUUCACAAGCAAGCUGGUACAAUCGAAACCAAACCUUGGGACCCAGGAAGUGAGCAGCACCAGCUCAGAUAUCCGCGUAUACCCCAGUCUUCCGCUGCUCAACUUCUUGGGAUUGUUGCUUCUGGCUGUGCAGAGGGGUGCGCCGGACCUCUACAGGCAGCUUAAGAGUCACUACGCAUCGCAUCUGAAGGAUGUAGCAGGAUGGAACGAGGCGCUGGACCAGAUCGGCGAGAUGUACUUCGCCAUAAAGAUACCUAAACAAGGCAACCCAUUGAUGGACAUGAUGGGCAGCAUGUUCAUGGGCGGAAUGGGAGGAGGGGCGUCAAAACCCAAGGCCAAGAAGGUCGAAGCUCCGCCUUCAGCAGGCCUUGAUUGAGCAUUGGUUUGUUAUGAGUAUUGUUCAGCGUAGCAUGGCGGUGUUACGGCCUAUGUAGCAUAUGAUGAUAAUGAGAAGAUGAUAUUCUGGUUCUCCACGACUGUUU